CACUGGGGGACAUGGAGCGACGGCGCCCCCAGCUGGAGGGUCAGCUGACUGCAGCUCAGAACCUAAAGAACAAAACCAACAACCAGGAGACACGAGCUGCUAUCAGCGACCGCAUUGACAGGUUGCAGACCCACUGGGAAGAGUCACAGGGCAGACUGGCUGAUAGACAUCAACAGCUACAGAACAUGCUGCAGGACUCCUCUGAUUGGUUGGACGCCAGGAAGGAGGUUGAACCUCUCAUCAAACGAGCCAAUGACAAGCUGGAGUCGUGGCAGGAUAUUUCCUACACCAUGGAUGCUCUGAAGAAGCAAAACACUGACCUCAAGCUGUUUGUGAAGGAGCUGCACCAGUGGCAGGGUCAGGUGGACGUGACCAAUGACCUGGCAGGGAAGCUGUUAACCCUUUACUCUACCGACCACACACACAAGGUCACACAGAUGACCGACGCCACGAACGUUACCUGGGAGCACAUCAACAAACGUGUUGGGGACCGUGAGGUGGCUCUGUCAGCUGCUCUGAGGCUGUUACAGCAGUUCUACCUGGACCUGAAGGAGUUCCUCAACUGGCUGACGGAGGCAGAGACCACCUGUAACGUCCUGCUGGACGCCUCACACAAGGAGAGGCUGCUGGAAGACCCUGAGGCUGUACGACACCUGCUGGGGCAGUUCCAGGACCUUCAGGGGGAGAUAGAUGGCCACACAGAACUGUACCACUCUCUGGAUGAGAAUGGUCAGCGUAUCGUGACCUCCCUGACUGGCUCAGACGAUGCCGUACUCCUACAGAGCCGCCUGGACAACAUGGGCCAGCGCUGGGACGAGCUCCGCAGCAAAACCAUGAGUAUGAGAUCUCACCUGGAAGGGGAAAUGGCUCCAUGGAAGAGGAUACACAUGACCCUUCAGGAGCUGAUAGCCUGGCUGCAGAUGAAGACUGACCUGCUGGAGCAGGAACCACCAGUAGGGGGCGACGUCCCUGCUGUGCAACAACAGCUGGACACACACAGGAGCUUCAGGAGAGAUCUGAGGGCCAAGGGCCCGGUGGUUAACGGGGCUCUGGACCAGGUUCAGAUCUUCCUGUCUGAACUGCCUGCUGAGAGGGAGCCUCAGCCUGUCCAGAGAGACAUCAGUCCAGAGGAGCGUGCCCAGAACGUGGGGCGUGUCCUGCGAAAGGAAGCAGAGGAUGUGACGUCUGGGUGGGAGGGGCUUAACGAGGAGGCCGCUGAUUGGCAGAGGAGGCUGGAGCUGGCUCUGGAUAGGCUGUUGGAGCUUCAGAAGGCCCAGGACCAGCUGGAGCUGAGGCUGAGCCAGGCUGAGAUGGUGAAGGAGGCCUGGGAGCCUGUAGGAGACCUGCUCAUAGACUCACUACCUGAACACAUCGACAGGGUCAAGGCGUUCCAGGCAGAGAUAGCUCCUAUCAAAGACGAUGUGAGUCACGUCAACAACCUGGCCUCUACCUUCGGCCCUCCUGACCUCGUCCUCUCACGACCCAACCUGGACAGACUGGAUGACCUCAACACACGCUGGAGGAUGCUACAGAUCUCCAUCAAAGACCAUCUGAAGCAGCUGACAGAUGCUCAGAGGGACUUUGGCUCUCUGCAGGGUUCUGUUCAAGGUCCAUUUGAGCAGGCGGUCUCCCCCAAUAACGUGCCCUACUACAUCAAAGAGAAAACACCAGAAGUCCUGGCCCAGACCAUCUAUGACCACCAGACACAGACAACAUGCUGGGACCAUCCCAAGAUGGCCGACCUCUACCAGUCUCUGGCCGACCUGAACAACGUGCGUUUCUCAGCCUACCGGACAGCCAUGAAGCUGAGACGCCUGCAGAAAGCUCUGUGUCUGGACCUCCUGGGUAUGCCCGCAGCGUGUGAGGUCUUUGAGCAGCAUGGCCUGAAGCAGAAUGAGCAUCUGAUGGACAUCAUGCAGGUGAUGACGUGUCUGACCAGCCUGUAUGAGAAACUGGACCAGCAGCAUGGGAACCUGGUCAACGUCCCGCUGUGUGUCGACAUGUGUCUCAACUGGCUGCUCAAUGUUUAUGACACAGGAAGAAGUGGAAAAAUCAGAACUCUGUCCUUCAAAACCGGCAUCAUCUCACUCUGCAAAGCACACCUGGAGGACAAAUACAGAUUCCUGUUCCGCCAGGUAGCCAGUGCAACAGGGUUCUGUGACCAGCGGAGGCUGGGUCUUCUCCUCCAUGACUCCAUCCAGAUCCCCCGUCAGCUGGGAGAGGUGGCCUCCUUCGGGGGCUCCAACAUCGAGCCCAGCGUCCGCAGCUGCUUCCAGUUUGCCAAUAACAAGCCAGAGCUGGAAGCUGCGAUGUUCCUGGACUGGAUGCGUCUGGAGCCUCAGUCGAUGGUGUGGCUGCCUGUCUUACACCGUGUGGCGGCUGCUGAGACAGCCAAACACCAGGCCAAGUGUAACAUCUGCAAGGAGUGUCCUAUCAUCGGCUUCAGGUACCGAAGCUUAAAGCAUUUUAACUAUGACAUCUGCCAAAGCUGCUUCUUCUCUGGUCGUGUGGCUAAGGGACACAAGAUGCAAUACCCCAUGGUGGAGUACUGUACACCGACCACGUCAGGGGAGGAUGUGAGGGACUUUGCCAAGGUACUGAAAAACAAAUUCAGGACCAAACGAUACUUCGCUAAGCACCCCCGUAUGGGCUACCUCCCUGUGCAGACCAUCCUGGAGGGGGACAACCUGGAGACUCCCGUAACUCUGAUCAACUUCUGGCCGGUAGAUCAUGCGCCUGCGUCCUCCCCCCAGCUUUCCCAUGACGACACCCAUUCACGCAUCGAGCAUUACGCCAGCCGGUUAGCUGAAAUGGAGAACCGUAAUGGAUCUUAUCUGAAUGACAGUAUCUCACCCAAUGAGAGCAUUGAUGAUGAACACCUGUUGAUUCAGCACUACUGUCAGAGUCUGAACCAGGGCUCUCCCCUCAGCCAGCCACGCAGCCCCGCCCAGAUCCUCAUCUCCAUGGAGAGUGAAGAGAAGGGGGAGCUGGAGAGGGUGCUCAACGACCUGGAGUCAGACAACAGGAAGCUACAGGCGGAGUAUGACAAGUUGAAGAAGGCCCACGACCACAAGGGUCUGUCCCCACUCCCCUCACCCCCGGAGAUGCUGCCCGCUUCGCCCCAGAGCCCACGGGACGCCGAGCUGAUCGCUGAGGCCAAACUGCUGAGGCAGCACAAAGGACGGCUGGAGGCUCGCAUGCAGAUCCUGGAGGACCAUAACAAACAACUGGAGUCACAGCUACACCGGCUCAGACAGCUACUGGAACAGACUGACUCCAAGGUGAACGGUACAGCCCUGUCCUCUCCCUCCACCUCGUCCCAGCGCUCUGACACCAGUCUGCCUCUGAUGCGUGUAGCAGGCAGCCAGACUACAGAGACCAUGGGUGACGAUGAGCUGUCGAGUCCGUCCCAAGAUGCAUUGGGGCUAGAGGAGGUGAUGGAGCAGCUAAACAACUCCUUCCCCCACAGCCAAGGAGGUCGAAGGGGAAACCAUUGAGAGGACUGAGUGUAGGCAGUCUGUUCCACAUGGCAGACGACCUGGGUCGAGCCAUGGAGUCAUUGGUCAACGUGAUGACGGACGAACAGAGUGGCGAGUAGCGGAAGACGAGGGCCCGCCC